AUGGACUCUGAUUUUGAAGAAACAAUAACAGAGGUGUUAAAAUUCUGCGAAGGAGUUGUUUUUCUCAAAAUUUGGGAUACACAUGGUGACCUAUUUGUAAAGCAGAACCAUGGACCAUUAUGCAUAGAUGAUAUCAUAAGAUGUGUAUACUUCCCUGCACGUGAAGACUGGUCAAAUCUACAAUGUAAUUUAAAAUUAGGCACAAUCAGUUUUGAGAAAGUUGAAGAUAUUUUUGGAUAUUCAGACAUACUGACUGUAAAGGCAAACCUCCAACCAUUUGCAUCAAACGAGGAUUUAAGCUGGAUAGAUGAAAGAAUUGAUCAAUUGGAACAAUACAGGAGUAUUAAAAUUUGCAAAAAAGGCGCAUCCAUUGUUAAGGAAAUAGCUAACGCUUACAAUCUACAAGGGAACUUCGAAAUUGUCGAGGUUAUACUCAAUUUGAAUGCUAAAAGCAGUAUGGACAACCUUUCAGCGUCACAUUUUAAUGCCUGUGACAUACUUAGAAACUGGAACGAUAAACAGUACUUGUGCUUGAGAGAGUUUCUACAAAACAAACCUCUAGUGACUUGGCUUCGGACACGAAUGGGAGGUAGCUUGAAACAACUUAAAACGUUCGUAGAUCUGGCUUAUAUUGCUAGUGGAGAUGAUCCGAUGGAUAUAUCAAAAGUGACAUGCUUACACUCUGCAGCUGUUGGGUACGAAGAUCUGAUAUUCAAGUUGAAUAAAAACUGCAGCUUUCUUAAUUUUAUAGAACUUUGCCAUGAAGUAUGGAGAUCUCUUGACAAUAAUCCGUAUUUAGCUUUACAAUUGACAGACACUGGACGUUAUCUCGAAUGGUUUAAACAGGUUGAUGAGUUACGUGGUUCUAUUGAGAUGACUUCAUUAGCGCAGGCUAAGGCGAUCAAUACCAAUGGAAUAUACAUAGUUGGUGCUGUUAUUGACUCAUCUGAACAGAGGCAGUUGGAUGAUGUGUUGACAAUAAAAUUUAUUGAUGACCAAGGAGUACUAGAAAAGAGGCAUUUUUAUUCUUAUAAACAUUUGCAUGAUCUACAAUCCCGACUGAUGUUGGUAGUAGCAGAUACAAACAGAAACAAGCAGGAUACCGAGAGAUUUUUGGAGAUCUUAGAUGCUGUAGUAUUGCUUGGAAAUAUAUACAUUGGGAUGGUAUCUUCGGGAUGUGUUUUAUUUUCUCAAUUCAAAGUGGAAUUCAGAUGCAAUAAAACAGAAAGUGUUGCCGUUUUGAUGAGUUUUGGAAGUACAGAAGAUCGUCAAAUUGUAAGAUGCAAGCGCCAAGAGGAAGGUAUGAACGACCAAGAAAAAUGUAAGAAAGAUAUUGACAUAUUACGUACAAUCGCAAAAUGUCUCGAAGAGUUUCACACAGACUGGCUUACAUAUAUAAGGAAGGAAAGGGAAAACAAAAACAUUUUAAAUAUGUUUACUACGUCACAACUAGUAAUACUUCAAAGAGAACUAGCAAAGUUAAGAACGGGUUCAGAUCCAAAUGAGGCUGUAUAUCCGCUUCUAUUUUGCCUGAAAGAAAACUGCUGCAAAUCUGAUCUUAGCAACGCAAUAGAUUUGGCAAUGAAAACGUCAGAUUUGCAACCUGAAUCCAUAAGCAACAAUACUUCAUCUUCAAAAAUGGAAAACGCAUUCAUAGAAGAAAUGAUGGGAGCCAAUUUUAGCAAAUACCUUGCUAAAAAGGCAUUGGAAGUUGUAAAACCAGAUCAAAUAGAUGAAGGAAUUGAUUGGUGCCUUGCUCAUGAAAGUAAACACCUUGACACAAAAGAAGAUGAGUUUUUAUGGUGUCAGACGGAAGAUUCACUUGAACAAAUUAAGAACACCUUAUUUCGGAAUAUAACAAAGAGUCAACAUUUCCUUGCUAAAGUUAUACAGGAGCUGAAAGAAUUAUGGACUGCAUUUAAAGAAUCACGAUUGUCAAGUCUGUCAAAUUUUCUUAGUUUACGACACACUGCCAUUGUUCUAGAGAAAUUAGAAAAGACAGAAAUAACUGCUGUCAGAACAUUUGCUGCGACUGGUUUUGAAGAAGGAAGCCCAAAUCUAUUGAUUUGUCCACAAGAUGAAAUACUUCAAACAGUGUUGUCAAUAUACUGUGCAGAUGGGUUGUCAUCUUUGCCAAAGGCAGAAGAAAUUCUGUUGUGUUCUGAAAAUACAUCAUUGGAAAUGAUUGAUGAAAUCCAGUCUAUGACUAGCUAUACUGCCCAUUCUGCAGAGAAAGAAGAAUACAAAAUAAAUAAUGAAAAAACUAAAGUGAUGAUACGGAACUCAUCUUUAUAUUGCAAACUUUGGAAUCAAAUGGAAAAGUUUCACAUUGGCUCAGAAGAAUUAGAAACUGUAGAAAGUUAUAAGCAUAUAGGAGUUGAUAGAGACUCUCGUGAAGUAGAGGCAACAAGAACAAUUAUUUGA